AUGCCUCGUGAAAAGCAGAAGAGAGGCCGCAGAGCCCAAGAAAAGAACAAGAAGAAUGAAGCGAAACGGAAACGCGAAGACAACGCCGAGGAGCAAGCGCCGAAACGACAAAAAUCAUCGACGGCGGUCGAGACUGAAGACUACAUUCCACUAGACGUCGGCAACGAGGAUGCUCCCCAAGCAAACAACAAUAAUGACACUCCAUUCUACGGUAUGCUCGAUUCCGAGGAACAAGAGUAUUUUUCGCGGGCGAACGAACUGCUCGAGCUGGAUCAGUUUCGCGAUGCAGAGGAGCGGAACCUGUUCAUCGAGAGUGUUUACAAGGAAGCGAAGGGCAAGGAACUGAAAAUUGCAUGCAGCCAAUCGUGUUCACGACUUAUGGAGAGACUCAUUUCCCUGUCAAACACACGCCAGAUUCGGAGGUUGUUUAACAAGUUCCUCGGGCAUUUCUUGCACUUGGUUCAGCACCGCUUCGCGAGUCACUGCUGCGAAACAUUGUUUAUUCAUGCGGCACCCGCUGUAACAAACAAAAUUUCGAAACGAGAUAAAAAGAAACGUGUUGAUGAAGAAGAUGAUGAAGCGGAGCCGGAACUGUCGCUGGCCGACAUGUUCCUGCAAGUCAUUGAAGAGCUGGACGGAAACUGGGGCUACCUGCUAACAGAGCGGUUUGCUUCGCAUACGAUUCGCGUGCUGCUCCUAGUGUUAGCUGGUGAACCCGUCGAUGUGUCGUCAAGUGACUCUGUUGUCGCCAGUCGAAAAAAAGAGAAAUUAGGUGUGACCGAUACGGAAUCGCAAGCGGAAGCCGCUAUUGGGCAGAAGAGACCUGUUCCGGAAUCGUUUGAAACUGCUUUGAAAAAGAUCAUGCACGACAUGACCGCUGGGCUUGACGAUACCAAUCUCAGGGCCCUGUCAACUCACCCUAUCGGAAACCCUGUCUUGCAGGUCUUGUUGUCUCUGGAGCUCUCGCACUUUGGAAAGUCUAGCGCCAAGGAUCCCCAGUCCAUUACAAGAAGACUGAUCCCUGAUGAAUCGUUGGAGGAGGGUUCCCAAAGUGCGGUAUUUUUGAGCGGCUUACUAUACGAUCCUGUUGGCUCAAGGCUACUAGAAGCCAUCGUGCGCUAUGCCCCUGGGAAGCUCUUCAAGAACUUUCAUAAGAACAUCAUCCGAGGGCGCAUUGCUUCGCUAUCACGAAACGAGACGGCCUCAUACGUUGUUGUUAGGGUUUUGGAGAGAAUUGGCAAGGAUGACUUACAGACUGACAUGGAGCUGAUCAUCCCAGAAAUUCCAGCGCUCGUUGAACGCUCGAGGCUGACCAUUCCCAGGGCGUUGAUCGAACGAUGUAUCGUGCGAGGUGUUGACACGACUCCUCUUGCAAAGGCUUUGGAGGCUUCUUAUGAUAAAGACCCCGCCACAAGACUGCGGCAGAUGCUCAAACUGGACAAGCCAGCUAGCGAAGAUGGACAGGCUGCUGGACAGGCGGCCAAGCCUGAAAAUCAGCGUGUUGCUGCGCCAGAGCAGUUCCAUGGAUCAUUGCUUGCGCAGGCCAUGCUACGUGUUUCCGGCCCUCUCAGUGAACUUGUGUAUUCGAGCCUCCUGGCUACAUCCACGGAGGACCUUCUCACAAUCGCCAUGAAUUCAACCACUUCACACGUUCUGCAGCAGGCUCUGACGCUCCCCACAUCAGCCGUGCAGUUUCGGCGACAAUUUGUCCCACGAUUCUUAGGUCAUAUCCAGGAGCUUUCCCUCGACACGAGCGGCUCCCAUGUUGUAGAUGCCCUUUGGCCUGCAACUAAGGACAUCUUCUUUGUCAAAGAGAGGAUCGCGCAGGAAUUAUGCGACCAUGAACAUACACUGCGGGACUCUUUUAUAGCUAGAGCGGUGUGGAGAAACUGGUUCAUGGACCUGUACAAGCGACGACGAGGAGAAUGGAAGCAGAAGGCUAAAGGUAUAGAGAGCAAUGCUGGAGGCGACACAAAUAAUGAGGGGAAGCCGGCCAAGUCGAGAAUCGACAUCGCAAGGGCCCGGUUUGCUGAAAGGGCAGAAAGAUCAAAGCAGAUCAGAAGCGCCCAAGCAGCUGUUGCGGCCAAAUCGUGA